AUGGUGUGCCAUGGAUUUAUCAGUAAACCGAAGCCGAGAUCAUUUGGAGUUCAUAAACAUGAAAGGAGAAACCGGAAUCAUCAAUCAGGAUGUUCGGCUGCAGCUGGCUCCAUCUUCACAUCCCUCAACAUGUCUAUCUUCACAUUCCACAACCGCCUCUUGCGUUGCGUCUCCAGGUUUUUCCGCCUGGCUAGCGCUACUCCUAGCCGUCGAGGCACCAUGAAACAAGGCUACAAAAAGCUCGAGAAGCCUCUGAGAAAAGGUAAUGACAAGAAGAGGACCAUCUUUCUUGAUCUUGAUGAAACAUUGGUGCAUGCAUCCAUGCAACCCCCAGUCAGGGUCAAUGUCGAUUUCACGGUGAGGAUAAAGAUCGAAGGAGCGGUUAUACCCAUGUUUGUGGUGAAACGACCAGGAGUUACAGAGUUUCUUGACAAGAUCGGUAAGAAUUUCCGGGUGGUGGUUUUCACAGCCGGGUUGCCUGAAUAUGCUUCACAGGUUUUGGAUAAACUUGACAAGAACCGCGUGAUCUCGCAGCGGCUGUAUCGAGAUUCUUGCACGGAGAUGAAUGGGAGAUAUGCUAAAGACUUGUCUUUGUUUGCGAGGACAGACCUCGGGAAUGUUUUGCUAGUCGACGAUAACCCUUUCUCCUACUUGUUGCAGCCUGAUAAUGGAGUUCACAUUAAGCCUUUUGUGGAUGACAUGGAAGAUCAAGAACUGAUGAAGCUUGCUGAGUUCUUCGAUAAAUGUUAUCAGUAUGAAGAUUUGAGGGAUGCAGCAUCAGAAUUUCUUUCCAACAAAAACUGA